CCUCAUUACAUUGUUGUUUCCAACCGAGAACACAACACAGACAGCAAACACCCGAAAAAACUCGGAACCUAACCACCGGCAGAGCCCGGCAAGUCGUACGUUAAGUUGACUCCCAACGAACGGUGAUGGGACCCCGCGAUGCACCACGUCCGCGCCCGGUCGCCUUGGCAAUGACCUCUGGCAUCUCGUACAUACAAUGCCAGAAUCUCAAGUACAAUGUCAUUAUCAUGGGCUGGCUGGGUGUGAUCUUCUCGAGCGUUGUCCUCUUCAGCUCUGCACUAACCAUGCACCUGCAGCCGGACAUCGAGCUGCUGUUCGCACAAUGGCCUUUCAAUCAGGUCCCGGUGUCGGAGCAGCAACUAACGAUCAAGUUGUUGGAUAUCUUUGGCUCCUUGGCGUACUGGCUGUCGUUGAUCAAUAUGGGCGUCAGUCUGCUGAUGCUCAUUGGUGUCGCCCGGGACUCAAGUUGCCUAAUGUAUCCCUGGUUGAUCUGUCAUGGCGUUAGUUUUGGCUUUGCUCUAUAUUUGUGUAUUUUCUAUGCGACCGCAGGCUUGUUUAUUGACCUUUCUACCUUUUUAAUGUGUCUAUUGGUGUUUACACUCGUUUUGGUAAUUUACUACAAGAUUUACCACGAGGUUUUCACCCUAUUCCGUGUAAUGGAGCAGCAGCUGAAGGACAGGGCUUUGUGCGAGGGUAGGAGUGUCUUCUACCAGGAUGCCGAAAGUGCGUGGCCCUCGUCCGGGGUUCCCUAUCAGCAGCUCUAUCUGCCGCGUCUGCCACUAAAACAGUAACUAAAUCCCCGACAGAGAAGACGUACCAUACGAGCUACAACAAAGAAUGGCUUCUUAAAUUUUUCAAGACGUUUGUUUGGUUAAUAAACGUUCUUCGACGUGUUCAUUUCAA